CCAUCAACGCCAGUUUAUCGUGUGAAACGGGAACUACUGAAAUUGCUGCUUGUCUCGCUUGACGCCCAACAGCAGAUGUGAAGUUUGAGAGUUUAAACUGUCUAAAAUGUCGAAUAUGAGAAACAGGGUCAGCAUUCUGGACAAGCCACUCAACAAGAGCAGAAGUGACGUCAGCAUCAGUGUGUUCGGCCUUCUGUUCUCGGAAAUUGUUCAGUACUGUCAAAACAGAGUCUACACCAUACCCGAGCUUCAGACAAAGCUGUCCGAGUUGGGAUUCCAUGUUGGCCAGAGAGUGCUGGACCUUCUUUUCGUCCGCGAAAAGAACUACAAAAGGGAAACCAAACUCCUCAACAUUCUGCUGUUCGUCAAGUCGUCCGUGUGGAAGACUCUGUUUGGAAAGGAGGCUGACAAGCUCGAACAAGCCAAUGAUGAUGACAAGACCUACUACCUGAUUGAAAAGGAGCCCCUAGUCACCAAGUUCAUCUCGGUUCCCAAGGACAGAGGUAGUCUCAACUGUGCCUCGUUUGUUGCUGGCAUCAUCGAAGCCAUCCUCAUCGGCUGCAACUUUCCAGCCAAGGUGACUGCCCACUGGUACAAAGGAACAACCUUCAUGAUUAAGUUUGAGGAAUCGGUCAUUGCCAGGGACAAAGCGAUGGAGAACCGAUAAAGCCACCUGGAGCUCCUAGUCCGUCCUCAUGUACAGUCACCCACAGAACUGCACCACCAAUGCCCCCGUUUCGUUAGCUCACUGUUCUUUCAGAAUAAAAGAACUCCUGUGUCGAGCA